CAGCCGUCCACCGCCCGCUAGGUAACUUGUGUUCUUGCGGCCGGGUGCCGGCGUCAGGUUAGGCCAGGCGAACAAAUUGAAACCAGAGUUGGCGAGAUGAAGGCACUGAUCUUGGUAGGCGGCUAUGGAACUCGGCUGAGGCCACUAACGCUGAGUACCCCGAAGCCGCUGGUAGACUUCUGCAAUAAGCCCAUCCUGCUGCAUCAAGUGGAGGCCCUUGCUGCGGUAAGGCCCGGGGUCUGUCCUGGGCGGAGGGACGUCUAGCGACUGAAGGUCAGGGGUGCCCGUACCUACCGGCUGAGCCCGCCUGUUCGCUGGCUUUAUCCUGUCCGACAGGCAGGCGUGGAUCACGUGAUCCUGGCUGUGAGCUACAUGUCGCAGGUGCUGGAGAAGGAAAUGAAGACUCAGGAGCAGAGGCUGGGAAUCCGAAUCUCCAUGUCUCAUGAAGAGGAGCCUUUGGGGACAGCUGGGCCCCUGGCAUUGGCCCGUGACCUGCUCUCUGAGACUGCAGACCCUUUCUUCGUCCUCAACAGCGACGUGAUCUGUGAUUUCCCCUUCCAAGCCAUGGUGCAAUUCCAUCAGCACCAUGGUCAGGAGGGCUCCAUCCUGGUGACCAAGGUGGAGGAGCCUUCUAAGUACGGUGUGGUGGUAUGUGAGGCUGACACGGGCCGCAUUCACCGGUUUGUGGAGAAGCCACAGGUAUUUGUGUCCAAUAAGAUCAACGCAGGCAUGUACAUCCUGAGCCCUGCAGUGCUGCAACGCAUCCAGCUGCAGCCUACGUCCAUUGAAAAGGAGGUCUUCCCCAUUAUGGCCAAGGAGGGGCAGCUAUAUGCCAUGGAGCUGCAGGGCUUCUGGAUGGAUAUCGGUCAGCCCAAGGAUUUCCUCACUGGCAUGUGUCUCUUCCUUCAGUCACUGAGGCAGAAGCAACCUGAGCGAUUAUGCUCAGGCCCUGGCAUUGUGGGCAAUGUUCUUGUGGAUCCAAGUGCCCGUAUUGGCCAGAACUGCAGCAUUGGUCCCAAUGUGAGCCUGGGUCCUGGUGUGGUGGUGGAGGAUGGUGUGUGCAUCCGGCGGUGCACAGUGCUGCGGGAUGCCCACAUACGUUCCCAUUCCUGGCUUGAGUCAUGCAUCGUGGGCUGGCGCUGCCAUGUGGGCCAGUGGGUGCGUAUGGAGAACGUAACUGUGCUGGGCGAGGAUGUUAUAGUUAACGACGAGCUCUACCUCAACGGAGCCAGUGUGCUGCCCCACAAGUCUAUUGGUGAAUCAGUGCCAGAGCCUCGUAUCAUUAUGUGAGGGGAUGCCUGGGGCUGGCUGAACCCGUAUUUCCCCAUCAGCAAGAGGAGCACUGGCUUGACACACAAAAGGCCCUGGACUUGGUGCUAUUUGUCUGGGGAGGAUUGGAUGAGGAUGAAGCUGCUGAACACCUGCCUUCUCACUUGGACAUAAAGUAGCAGAAUCCCUGCUGGGCCACACCCCACAAACCCCACUCCCUUAAAAAGGGCCAGGCCAGGGCUGUAUGGAAUAAUAAUUUAAUGUUUACUGUGGCCCUGAUUGAAAGUCAAACCCAGACAUUAUUAGGGCCACGGCCAGGCUCCUACCAAUGGGGCUACACACAGACAAAGAGGUUGGAUGUGGUGGGGGUGAUAGGGAACAGGGUAAGGGAAGCUCAUAAAUAGGUCUCUGCCUGGGUCUGGGUUUGCAGGUGGAGGUUUGGCAGGCCUAGGCAGCUGAGGAGGUGGUGCUUGUAUUAGCUGCCUUGUCCCAGUCCUCUACAGACACGAUGGUGGCUUUGCAGAAGAAGCAAUCCUUGUUGUUCAUCAGGUGCUGGUUGAUGCAGGCUCUGCAACGGGGAGGGGAUAAAGACUGUCUUGGAUGUUCCUACUGCCCCUUCCCAAAGCCCAUGGGGCCCCACUUACUUGCAGGACUUGUGUCCACAGGGCUGGAACACAGCAGAGAUGGGGUGGGCGUAACAGAUUGGGCAGAGAUCUUCCUCACUGGUGGGCUGCAGGGAGGGAAGUGAAGGGUAGUUGGAUAUGCUAUGCCUAUAUUGGUGUGCACACAUGUAUUCAAGUAGCAUGGGAUGUGCUGUGGUCCCACUCACCAGGGAUGCAGCUGCUGCCUGGGCAGAUGCAAAGGUCAGAUGUGUCAGCAUCUGCUCCACUUGUGCCAGCUCCUCAGCAUUGAUAUAAUCAGUAUCUGGGAUAGUGGUAGGUGUGUCAGGCCAGAUGUAGCCUAGAAUCUGGUGCCUUUUGAAUAAUCCCAGGCUGGGGAUUUGCUGUUCUUGGAGGUCCUGACUUCAGACAGUCCCAGAUCUUUUUUCCCUUAACCACCCCUGGCCCACUUACAGCUCUGCAGGGAGAAGCGCUUCCGGUCUGGGGCAGGCAGGACAGUGCCAGGUGCUGGGGGCUCUGGCUGCCCCAGAAGAUAGCAUAUGGAUCGGAGCUGGAAGCAGGGGUCAGCCAAAAGCACUGAUGUGGCUCUCUCUGUCCUAGGUAGGGAAGGGUAUAUAGUGUAAUCAGAACAGUGGGGGACUCCUGGGGUUGUGUGACCGUCCAAACCUAAUUGCAUUAAUACCUUUAUUUCCACCUCCCAGCCGCAACCUUCUAAGUCCUGGGGGGUCUCAGUGAAAUCACAUGCAGCCCAGGUACCAGUUUUGUGGGCUACCAUAAAACACCUAAAGUCCACCUGCCCCAUGAUACAAUAAUCCUUCAAAUAAAGAACAUUAGGAGCAGUUUA